AUGGCGACAGUUAAAGAGUUUGAUUAUUUGGUGAUUGGUGGAGGCUCUGGUGGAAUAUCAUCAGCACGACGAGCUCGUGAAUUUGGAGUUUCUGUUGGAUUGAUCGAAUCCGGAAGGCUGGGAGGAACAUGUGUAAACGUUGGUUGUGUUCCAAAAAAGGUUAUGUAUAAUUGUUCUCUUCACGCCGAAUUUAUUCGCGACCAUUCUGAUUACGGUUUCGACGUUACUGUUCACAAAUUUGAUUGGAAAGUUAUUAAGAAGUCGAGAGAUGAGUACAUCAAACGGUUAAACGGACUUUAUGAAAGUGGAUUGAAUGGGUCAAAAGUCGAAUUGAUUCGCGGAAAAGCCGAGUUUGCUGAGGACGGGACCGUUGUUGUGAAUGGAGACAAAUAUAAAGGAAAACAUACCCUCAUUGCUGUCGGAGGAAAACCAACCAUCCCGGACAUCCCAGGAGCUGAAUACGGAAUUGACUCUGACGGUUUCUUUGAGCUGGAAGAUCUUCCGAAAAAGACCGUGGUUGUCGGGGCCGGAUACAUCGCUGUCGAGAUUGCCGGAGUUCUCGCGAAUCUCGGAUCAGACACUCAUCUUCUUAUUCGAUAUGAUCGGGUGUUAAGAACAUUCGACAGAAUGCUAAGCGAUGAGCUUACCAAUGAUAUGGAAGCCGAUGAUAACCCGUUGCACCUUCACAAGCAUACUCAAGUUGUUGAUGUUGUCAAAGGAGAAAACGGAUUGCUGACUGUGAACACGACGACCGGUGUCAUCGAGAACGUCGAAACUCUGAUUUGGGCCAUCGGAAGAGAUCCGUUAACUCCACAACUUCAUCUUGAAAGGGUCGGAGUUAAAACUGAUUCCAAAGGUUACAUUGUAGUCGACGAGUAUCAAAAUACUAGCGUUGAAGGAAUUUACAGUGUUGGAGAUGACACUGGAAAAUUUGAGCUCACCCCAGUCGCUAUUGCGGCUGGUAGACGUCUUUCGCAUCGUUUGUUCAAUGGCGAAAAGGAAAAUAGAUUGAAGUAUGAAUUUAUUGCGACGGUUGUUUUCAGUCAUCCACUCAUUGGAACUGUUGGAUACACCGAAGAGGAAGCAAUUUCAAAAUUCGGCAAAGAAAAUGUGACUCUCUACAAAUCGCGUUUCAAUCCAAUGAUGUUUGCUGUAACGAAGCAUAAGGAAAAGGCCGCGAUGAAGUUGGUUUGCGUUGGAGAAGAAGAAAGAGUUGUUGGCGUUCAUAUCUUUGGAGUUGGAUCCGAUGAAAUGCUCCAAGGAUUCGCUGUCGCUGUCACCAUGGGGGCCACCAAGAAACAAUUUGACGAAACUGUCGCUAUCCAUCCUACAUCUGCCGAAGAGUUGGUCACCAUGCGCGUCACUGAAACGUGUCCUGAUGGACAUACAGUCAAAUUGAAUGAGCCAGAAUGUACUGGAGUCGAGAAAUUCGAUCGAACAUCGGGAAAAUGUCCGCAGCAAUCCGGAAUAUGCCGAGAUGGACGAUGUUGUCCGGAUCAUGUUCCGAAUUCCCAUCUCGGCCAACAUCCUUAUAUUUCGUCGACAUUUUGCAAUCCGCAAUUAUCUCCAUUUUUUAGAAACAAUUUCACAAUUUGCCAUCAAUAUCGUUUAGUGACAUUAGGAAGAAUGCAUGAUGACGAAAAAGGAUAUUAUAUCAUUUUGGAAGCGAAGACGCCGUGCGAAUUUGACAGUUAA